CUUUAUCAUUGUGUUUCCGGUUCACUCUAUCAUCAAAGAUGGCUACGCUUGACCGGGUGAAAAUAUUAGUUUUAGGAGAUUCUGGAGUGGGCAAGAGUUCCUUAGUUCAUCUGCUAUGCCAGAAUCAAGUUUUAGGAAAUCCCUCUUGGACCGUUGGCUGUUCUGUGGAUGUACGGAUUCACGACUACAAAGAGGGAACCCCUGAGGAGAAAACCUUCUAUAUUGAACUUUGGGAUGUCGGAGGAUCUGUUGGCAGCGCCAGCAGUGUCAAAAGCACAAGAGCGGUCUUCUACAAUUCUGUUAAUGGAAUUGUAUUGGUCCAUGAUUUGACAAAUAAGAAAUCCUCUCAGAACCUCUACCGCUGGUCACUAGAAGCUUUAAAUAAGGAUUCCUCUCCAACAGGAGUCAUUGUCUCAAAUGGUGACUACGACAGAGAGCAGUUUGUUGAGAACCCAGUGCCUUUGUUGCUGAUAGGAACCAAAUUUGAUCAGAUUCCAGAAAACAAACGGAAUGAAGUUCUCACUCGGACUGCUUUCCUGUCUGAAGACUUUAAUGCAGAGGAGAUCAAUCUGUAAUAGAGAAGAGAUAUUUCACCCGAGAUCCAAGUCAGAUGACUGGUUUCACAGACAGAAAGAGAUUCAACUUCAAAAGUUUGCACUAUGACUAAAAACCAUGGUUGCAUGCGGGCUGUUUGUGGUUUCAUUUUUGCGUUUUUUUCCACUUCAACUCAUCCUCAGGCUCACAGAAAACAACACGCCACCACUUUCUGUGGCUGGGUCUAAACUUGUAAAAUUGACUGUAAAUAAUUGAUUAAACCCAUUUACAGAUAAACUGCUUUGAGAAAUGAAGAGACAAACAAAAACAAAAAUAUUUUAUUGUAGUUUUUUCUCUCUCUCUCUCAGGCACAUACAAGACAAUUACAUCUGUUUUCUCUUCARCAUUUUUUUCCUUGCAGAAAGCUCUCAUUGCAUUAGUUUGAAUUAUUCAUCACCGUGUUGAUCCAGGGAAGGAAGAAGCUGACUUUAAUGAAAACAUGGGGAUAUUUUGGAUUGUCACAUUCAUUUAUAGCAGAGUACGCAGUUAAUCCUUGAAGCUUGGUGUUGCAGAUAAGUGGUCCACCAGAAUCACCCUAAACAAAUGGCAGGAGGAACACAUAAUUACUAAUAUUAGGUUUUUAUUUUUCAUAAAUAAAUUCAGUUUGUAUGAUGCUAUUACUUGUGUAUUUUUAUUUUAAAGUGUAUUAUUCACUUUAUAAAAGUUUCAUUACCUCA